UCACACAAAACUGGCGGCGUCUGUCCAAUGAGAUUUUAAACUAAAAACAAUUUUAACAGCGCGAUGAAUUCAAUCAAACGCCGUAGUUCCUUGCGGAAGGCGCCUUUGAAAGAAGACGACCCGACGAUAACAACGUCAGUGACCAAACAACAAAUCAAGCGACGAAUCAGUUUCAGUGGCAAAAAGUUCGUGCGAGAAUUUGUCAACACCAAGGAGACCAACAACUGGGCCGACUCGUACGAGGUAUCAGAACACAAUGCGGAAGACAGCUCUGGAUCAAGGGCAGGAUCACUGGAUUCGGGAUCAGUAUCGAAAUCGGGAUCGCUAUCGAAACCUCCAGAGGAUGCGGACAAGGAGAAUGUUCCACUACGGGAAGAGGUCGACGUGUCCCUUAAUUUCCAGACCAGCGUGGAUGUCACCAUGUUGCCCUGCGAACUGAUGCAAAACACACAAAAAACACCCACCACCACCACCACCACCGCCAUGGUCUCCAUCUCUCUGUCGUCCGAGGAGCGCAAAGUGUUCCAAAGCAGUCUCUACGAUCAGCGUUUAAUGGACAAAACUAUGGAUCUGAUGUCGGGUUCUUUGGUAACCAGGAACCAAAGGCCACUCGCUGAUAUUGAGAAUCCCUCCAUUGAACUGCCUGCCGUGGAAAGGGUAAAAAGUGUAAAUGCCCCAGCAGCGAAGGGAGUUGGUGACUCCUUCAUGGACAUCACGCCAUUGGGUUUCCGUGCCUCUCCUCCAACAGCCCCUACUGCUCCUCCUGCUCAAGUUCCACCAUCAUCUGCUCCUGUUCCCACUUCUGCAGCUCCUUAUCCUCCGAGCCAACACAGUUCCAUGGAACUGGAAGACGACAGCAUGGAGAGGGAAAUGCGCGAGUUCAACGAGAAGGAGAAGAAAACACCAGCCCAAAAAUCACUGUUUAUGGAUUUAGAAGAGGCGGGAAAGGAGAACAAGAAUAAAACCCAACACGAAGUCGUAGAUUUAUCCUUCGACUGCCCUUUAAAUGUCUCGGAGGACCGGAAUCAUGUGCCAUCGACCUCUUUUGAGAGCAACAGCAGCACAAUUAGUUAUAUGAAAGAUGAGUCCGUGUUGAUACCAUUCGACAUGAUUUCGGGUAAAAACAUUAGCAAGAAAAUCAACUUUCGUCAACUAAACGAUGAGCUGGAGGCGGGUAAGAUUCAACUGUUUCCCAAUGGCCCAAAAACACCAACAACGGAUCGCAGGAACAAGCAAAAGCGUUUUUGGCAUGGAUUGGAAUGGGAAGCCAUGGAAGAUGAAAGUCCCAAGAAGGACAUAAGGAGCAUAAAGCCGCGAGGAACGUUAAAUUUCAGUGAGAACAUGACCAUGUCGCCGGCGCCAACCAGUCCAGUUCGAAAGGAAAAGGAGACGCUGAAGGUGGUGGAUGACAAGCGAAAAUAUCGACUAUCCCAGGCGGAUGAAUUGAUGUUAGACAACACAAACUUCUUGGCUCACGCAAGAUUAGGCGAUGAAACGCAGUCCAGAAAUACAUCCAAGAACUCUACGAGGCGGGAAACCACUUACGACCACUCUGAAUUGAGUUUGGAGUAUCCUACAAGCAGUCAGGACUUUCAUUCCACAGCAGCUAAGAAACUGCAGCAGGAGCCGGUAGCUUUUUCCGAUAUUCCUGGCGUGAAAGCAGUUCCCACUCGUCGUACAUUGCAUCUUAAUGAAUCCAUGGAUCAGGAAGCCACGAAAUCUAUGCCCUUCAGGAAGGAGAUUGCGGUCACAACGGAGGAGAUUGUCUAUGAAAAGUCCACAAGUAACGAACAGCAAAGCAAAGUUUGGGCAUGCACCAAGACAAAGCGCAGGGAGACUAUUCUGAUGCAGGAAAGCAUGGAAGAGGGCAUUAUAAGUCCAUUAAAGGAUUUGCACUUAAAACCAACAGCUGAUCGUGUAGGAAAAAGUCAAUCCAAUGUCAACCAAACUCUACGUUCAGCAGAACCCGUGGAAGAGCAGGAAGUUAGCUAUGGCAACGUUGUACCUAAAGAAAAAUCCAAAGCUAGGCCAACACUGCUUUUAGCGGAGCCGAUGGAAGAGGAAUUGGAAGGUAAUGGGAAUGAUUUGCAUGGACAUAAUUCUAAAAGGAGAACUGUACAUUUAGCAGAACCUCUGGAGGAAGAGGAUAUAAACCCAGGCAAGAAAUUACCUAAAAAUAUCUUGGCGGAUCAGGAAAGAAAAUCCAAAGCCAGGCAAACUCUCCUGUUAGAGGAGCCCAUGGAAGAAGAAACGGGCUGCAUUAUAACUACAACUAAUUACACAAAUAUUAAAUCAAGACAUACGCUUCUUUUAGAUCAACCCAUAGAAGCUGAGGCGAACGAUCAAAUUACCAUGACGGAUACAACAGAACCCAAAAAUAAACCAAUAAUAAGGCACUCAACUAUUGAUAGAUCAACUGUUCCGCAGCGUCAGAAGACUUGGCCCACAUUACUUAUGUCUGAGCCGAUUGAAGAGACAUUCGUCGAACAACAGUCUAUGGAUCAGUUUCAAGAAAAGUCUCGCUUGAAAUUAAGAAACACUCUUAUGCAUAAGACAAUUUGUGAGGAUGUAGCGAUCGGAUCAGAGGAAAAUCCAUCUAAAGAGCAUAUAUUCAAGAAAAGACAGACGCUCAUCAUGUCCGAACACAUUGAAGAAGAUGAUGGGCAGCCACUGAAUAUCCAAAAUAAUAAUCACUUUAAAUCGAGAAAUACUCUUCUUAUGCAUGAGCCAAUUUCUGAGGAUUUGACAGCCGGAAAAGAAGAUAAUUCAUCUGGACAUCAUAAAUACAAACCAAGGCCUACGCUCAUCAUGUCAGAACCCAUUGAAGAAGAUGAUGGACAGCCAUUCAACAUGCAAACUAAUGAGUGCCAAGAAAAGUCUAGCCUAAAAUUGAAAAACACUCUUCUGAUGCAUGAGACAGUUCCUGAAGAUUUGGCGACUCCCCGAAAGGAAGAUAAUUCAUCUGAACAGCAUAAAUACAAACCAAGGCAGACGCUCAUCAUGGCCGAACCCAUUGAAGAACAUGUUGCCCCGUUAAGCAAUACGACUCACUCUACGUCUUCAAAAUCGAGACACACUCUUUUAAUGUCGGAACCAAUAGACGAAGAUGUUUGUGAGUUGCCCCCUUUGGGCCAAAAUGAAGUACAGUUUAACGAAAAGUCAACUAAAGAUGCCACAACUAAUAAGUCAAUUAAGUCGAGACAAACUCUUCUGAUGUCAGAAGCUAUAGAAGAAGAGGGACAUACAUCUAAGGCUUUUAAAAAUGACCAGUCUUAUUUUAAGCCAACACAGACUGAUUUUAUGGAAGAAUCUAUUCAGGAAGUGGCAGUUGCAAAUGUUGGCCAACCAUCCAAGUCUCGUCAAACUCUUCUUAUGGCCGAGCCCAUAGAGGAAGAUGCCGAGAUGGCUUACCAUAAUGAUCAGCCAAAAAAACGAAUUGAGUUUAGAGAUGAGUCCUUUCAGCAAACGACAAUAAAGAACAGGAGCCAGUCGUUAAAAUCUCGUCAAACUCUCCUUAUGGCCGAGCCCAUAGAGGAAGAUGCGGAGGUGUGCAAGUCAAUGGCCUACAACAAUGAUCAGUCAAGAAAACGCAUUGAUUUUAUGGAAGAGUCCAUUGGGCAACCGGCAAUUAAAAAUAAGAGUCAGCCAUCGAAAUCUCGUCAAACUCUCCUUUUAGCAGAACCCAUUGAGGAAGAUGCGGAAAUCUUUAAUGAGCCAACAGAUCAGCCAAAGCAACACCCGCGGCUUCAACUAAGAAACACACACAACUCAGCAGAUCCUCUGAGAUUGAAAGCUAGACAUACGCUCAUUAUGGCAGAACCCAUUGAAGAAGUUACCAAUGUCUUCACCGAUCUUAAGAGCAAUCUGAACAGUGAGGCAGAUUUGGAAACCAAAAAGGUAUCCCACUCUUCUGGAGCAACGACAUCCAAAUCAAGACACACUUUGCUUCUUCAGGAGCCCAUUGAGGAGAAUGAUGUCACAUGUCGUCACCAUGGGGAAUCCCAUGAGGUGGAUGUAGCCCCAUCGCCUGCCGUAAAUUAUACAAAUAAAUCAAGGAAAACAAUGAUUUUAUCGCAGACCAUUGACGAGGAUGUGGGUUUUAACGGGACAGAGAUAUCGCGGAAACCAAGAGCUACACUUGCCAGUGCCCAACCCAUUGAAGACGACUUGCCCCUGGAGGAGGAUCAGCAAAUAAGGAUCCCUGCACCAUCAGCUUCAUCCUUUAAAAGGCAUACUUUGCUUUUAUCAGAGCCCAUGGAAGAGGAUGAGGAAGUUCCCGGAUUAAGUAAACCUAUCCCUGUGGAGGUGGAGAACGAAAAAGUUGAAAAACCCAAGGGAAUUCUGCGAGCACUGAAGGAUUAUGUAUUUGGAAAAGAAAAGAAAGAGGAUGAGAUUGCUCCCAAUUCCAGGACCCAUCAAACCAUGGUUAUGUCUGAAUCAAUGGACUUUCAAAGUCCCGAAAACACCAUGAAGGAUGUCGACUUCAAUGCAAUUACACCCCUGCCCAAUAUCAAAUUAGCAUCCAGAAUUAAACAAAUGUCUACUUACACGCCUGGAAUGUCCUUGACUGAGUUCGAGCUUCAGGAGAAGAUGUGCAAGACACCGACUCAGGAGAAGAAACGUGUGACAACUCAGCAAAAAAAGCUUUCCAUUUACCAGCCAAUGAAGAUGGAGUUAGAUGCGGACGCGUCCGAAUGUGGAACUCCAUUAAAUCACACCCAAUCACUGAUGAAACGCUUUCCCUCACAUCUUACACCCAAUCUUCCAGAGUCUAAAAAGCGACACACGAACCUUUUUGUGGUCAGUAACAUGGACAUGGAAAUGGAAAUGGAGGAGGAGCAGCAGGAAGAUGCUUGGCGGAUGACAAACAUAAAGUCGGAAACGGGCGCAGAUAAAUCCCGCAGGACCUUUACGAAAACUCUGUUGGACGCGUCGGUACAAGCAGUAAGGGCUUAUCACCCUGCCAUGGCUGAGUUGAACAAAAAAAGCUCUCUGGAUAUGCUGGAGUUGCCACGGAAAUCGGUGUUUGACACAGAGCUGGAGGAUAAAGCCAUAACCAUAUCGGAUGUGACCAACUACUUCCAGGAGCAGCGCAAGUCCAACGAAAGGAAGAGCAGCAGCUCCGACGAUCCGAACUUUAAGAGCUUGGCCGCUACGAACACAAAGUUCAUCAAUCUGACCGGGGACACCACCGUCUUUGCAGGAAUGCAAGAUUUGGAGGAUGAGGAGGAGGCGGCGGAGGAACCCAAUCAAAUAGACAAUGAGCGGCUCAGUCUGGUCUCCACGUUGGCCGAGGAAACGGACGAAGAGAUCGAGGAAGCGGAUCCAGAGGAGUCACAACCAAAGCCAGAACUCUGCGAGGGUCAGCUGAACACAGUGGUCAUUGCCGGCAGCAGCGGAUCCUGCAAGAAGUGUGGCAAUUGCAAUCAAUCCUUGAGCGAAACAAAGUUCAUGGCAGAUUCCUUUGCCCUGCCCCAUCAGACACUGUGGGAAUUUUCAAGGGAACGAAAGCGACUGCGCCUCCUAAGGGAGAAGCCCACUCUGAAGGAUGUCACCCGGUACUGGGAGAUCGAGGAGCAGGCACGGCUAUCUGGCUACUCCGACGAUUCUGUGGAUCAGACGAGAGUAGAGGAGGAGCCGAUUACGUGGAACAAAGCCGAGCUGCUGGAACAGAUAAAGAGAAAAAUAAACGUUAAACAAAAGGCUGCAACCAAACCUGUCGAAUCCUUCUUUGAAAACCUCAAAAGAUUGCUGGCCGAACAGCAGCCAAACUGGAUAUUCGACUGCCAGCGAAAGAUCUCCCAGCAGUUGAUAUUUUACCAUCGCCUGCUGACUACGUUUCGAAUUGUGGUAAAUUACAAACUCCUGGACGUGGUGGAUGAGUCGGCCAUCGAAGUAACCUCAAUUGAAGUGGACAAUGCGGUGGCCACUCCCAAGGAAAGAUGGUCGGCGCAUGACUACUUUCUAGACUUCCAGCUCAGUCUCAAGCUACCCCUGAAUCUCACCGAUGCGAUAGAUGGCAACGACGAGGCAGCUUUUCUGAAAUUCCUUCACCGCAUUGAUCAAAGUAUUGUUGAGAUCAAUCAAACUUUCCACAAUCUGCUGACCGUUCUGUCGGAGAAAAGGGCGAGGCUCCUGCGGGAAGCGAAUCGAACUGUAGUAAGGAAGACCGUGCGAAAAUGUAUAGAAGACGAUCCGGUUGUUCGCCUCGAGAAAACCAGCUUCCUGGUUGAAAUAACCAAUAUCAAGGAGGUUUCCUUUAGAGACAUUUUGCGCCCCGAACUGCAUCUCUUCAAUGAAAACAUUCAGUAUCUGCCAAAAGGAAUUGCUUUCCUGGAAGCAUUUCUCACCGAUCCUGAGCAGUACCUUAAAACUUAAGUUUUGGACCAGUUUUAUUAAAUUUUAUUUGCAAAAAGACAAACAAAAAUACAUAUAAAUUAAUUAAAAACCAAAUUAUAUAUAUAUCAAUAUCUAACAAUUAUUUUAAGCCAUCAGGCGAUCAAUUGUAAGAUGUGUUCUUACAAUAAACAGCUGCA